UCCAAGGUAACUUCCUCCUGCAGUCUACGGAUCCAGGCUCUGUGUCGGACCGCAGUUUAGAACCAGCAGGCAGUUCCGAUUUGGUGCGCAUAUGCGGGAAGAAAACUUCAGCGAUCACUCAUGGGACUCAUGUAAAGUUCCAGUAGUCCACUUAUUCACCGCGUAGCUCUGAAUUUCGAGCGAACUUGCCACGUUAUACCGAACGGAGGACGGAUAAUGUUGGCUCGCCGCCGACUCUGUUCUCUACACUUCAUAACAAACGCCGUGUUGUCGCUGGAUCCUCGGGAGAUGGGAGAGUAGCUUGGAGUUUACACCGGACUGCUUCACCGGUCACUUUCGAAUCAUUAUAAAUAAGAUCUGCAGUGACCCAAAACGGAAAUGUUCCUCCUGUUCUUCGUCCUGGUCCUCCUCCCGUCCUGUAGCCUGGAAGACGAGGGCGUGGCGCCGGAGGACGAGUGCGUCUGCGACGGCGCGGCGUGCGACCUCGGUGAGCGCUGCCUCGCCCAGCUGUGCUUCGUCUCCCUGACGACCGUCAACGACACGGCGGCCCGGCAGAGGGGCUGCGUGGCGGCGGUGGGGGCGGAGCCUUCGGCAGUGGCGGCGGCGGUGACGGCGGCGGACUGUGAGGCUCCGCCCACCCCGGGCCGGGUGCUGGACUGCUGCCGGGGCCGGCUGUGCAACAUGAACACCAGCGAGGAGCAGCAGGACACAGACGGCGAAUCGCGCUCCGGCAGACCCAUCCUCCGGGAGCAGUCGUGCGUCUGCGAGGGCGGGCCCUGUGAGCCCGCCCACUGCCUGGGCCAGCAGUGCUUCUCCUCCCUCCGGCUGAUUGACGGCUCGGCCGUCCAACGGAAGGGCUGCCUCCGGGACGACGUGGAGGGGCGGGCCCGCUGUGCCACGCCCCCCUCCCCGCUGCAGGUCAUCAGGUGCUGCCAGGGACACCUGUGCAACCGGAACGUCAGCGUGCAGCACUCCGGGAGAGCCGAGGAGCAGAAGCCCGCCCUGCGGGAGGAGCACGCGUGCGUGUGCCAGGGCAGCUCGUGCGUGACGGGCGAGCGCUGCAUGGGCCACCAGUGUUUCUCUUCCCUGGCCCUCAACGGCGACGCGCUCGUCUCCCAGAAGGGCUGCUUCAAGGUGUACGAGCAGAGCACCAUGACCUGCAAGACCCCGCCCUCCCGGGACCAGAUCGUGGAGUGUUGCCAUGGACACCUGUGUAACCUGAACAUCACCGUGGCACUUCCUGUGCAAGCCGACGAGGCCCUGAGCUACAGCGUCACCACCCUGGCCAUCGUCAUCGUGGCGCCCGUCAUCGUGCUGGUCGUCCUGUCCACCAUCGCCAUCCUGGUGUUCCGGCGGAUCCACCACAACCAGAUGGAGAGGCUGUCGGCGCGCGACGCCGAGUACGGCACCAUCGACGGCCUCAUCGCCUCCAACGUGGGGGAGAGCACCCUGGCGGACCUGCUGGACCACUCGUGUACGUCUGGCAGCGGCUCCGGCCUCCCGUUCCUGGUGCAGAGGACGGUGGCUCGGCAGAUCACCCUGAACGAGUGUGUGGGUAAAGGGCGCUACGGCGAGGUGUGGCGUGGCCAGUGGCAGGGCGAGAGCGUGGCCGUGAAGAUCUUCUCCUCCAGGGACGAGAAGUCCUGGUUCAGGGAGACGGAGAUCUACAACACAGUGCUGCUACGGCACGAGAACAUCCUGGGCUUUAUCGCGUCGGACAUGACGUCCAGGAACUCCAGCACCCAGCUGUGGCUCAUCACCCACUACCACGAGAUGGGCUCGCUGUACGACUACCUGCAGCUCAGCACGCUGGACGCCGGCGGGUGCCUGCGGAUGGCGCUGUCCAUCGCCAGCGGCCUGGCACACCUCCACGUGGAGAUCUUCGGCACGCAGGGCAAGUCGGCCAUCGCCCACCGUGAUCUGAAGAGCAAGAACAUCCUGGUGAACAAGACGGGGCAGUGCUGCAUCGCCGACCUUGGCCUGGCGGUGAUGCACUUCCAGGACACCAACGAGCUAGACGUGGGCAACAACCCCAAGGUGGGCACCAAGCGCUACAUGGCUCCCGAGGUGCUGGACGACUCGGUGCAGACGGACUGCUUCGAGUCCUACAAGCGGGUGGACAUCUGGGCCCUGGGUCUGGUGCUGUGGGAGGUGGCCCGGCGCACCGUCAGCAACGGCAUCGUGGAAGAAUACAAGCCUCCUUUCCACGACGUGGUCCCAAGCGACCCCAGCUUCGACGACAUGAGAAGGUGGUGGUGUGUGGACCAACAAAGGCCCAACAUCCCCAACAGAUGGUUCUCAGACCCUACCCUAUCGUCCAUGGCUAAGCUCAUGAAGGAGUGCUGGUACCAGAACCCUUCGGCCAGGCUGACGGCGCUGCGCAUCAAAAAGACUCUGACAAAGAUCGACAACUCGCUGGACAAAAUCAAAACGGACAUCUGAGGGGCCGCGAUGGGGGGAGAGGGGAGCCCCCUCGGGGGCCUGCAUCGAGACGUCCAGACCUGGGAGCUGGUCGCAUGGAGACCGGAGGAUCCAGCCCGGUGCCCUUAUAGUGGCACACUGUAUUUAUUUUGUAAAGGAAACACAAGCUCGACAAGAAGGGGGGACAUUUUGGAAUCUGAGAGAUGGCCCGCAGGGCUUCUCCGAGACCGCCGUUGCAUCUUGGGAGAUCAGACCGUGAGCUGUAAUCAUAGGAGAGACAUUGAAGCUUCACUGCUGGUGUAAAGUAUUCAUAGAAGAAGAAGAGGAAGAGGAAGGAGAACGAGACACUGCUGCCGGGGAUUUGGAGUGUUCUAGUUUCAGUUUAGAACAACAGAACUUCUUUAACGCGUUAUUCAUUUUGAAGCACAAAUUGGAAGAUGUAGUAAUUAGCAAUACUUCUUUAUUUCUGUCAUUGCAAUGGUACGUCUUGGCAUAAUUUAUUCGCAAUGGGGAGUUCUAUUUUUUUGUUCUUCUGAUGGAAAGUGCUCAACAUGCCAGAUCAGAAUUGGUAGUUUACAACUCGGGUUACUCUCUCGGUUUAGCCUAAGGGAUUCACUGAUCCUGUAACAUUAGUUACCAGAGGUCAUAACGAAUCAUCACAAGAGGUUCUCAACCCAAAUGUACCGGAAUGUCACGGAAACUCCGCCCUACACUUUGACAUUAAUACCUUCUCUACAUAUUCUGUGUUUCUUUAUUUUUAUCAGGCUUUAAAGAGAAGAAUGCUAAAAGAACAAAUACGAUGUAAGCUAGUUGAUGCUGGGACUCAUUCCCCCAGGAGCAGUAUAAGCCUGUGAUGCUGUGUCUUAAUGCGUGCAUUGUUGUCUUAAUGGGUGCAUUGUCGGAGUCAUUGAAGUCAAACGUCAGCCUUUUUUUUUAAUUUCUUUAAUAUUUUAUAUCAAAUAGUGAUUUCUAUUAAUUAAACAGAAAGAUUGUAAUCAUUGA